AUGGCUGAACCAAUUCCAUCAAGGCAAACCGAAUCCUCGGGGAGCCAUGAAACUAUGUCCAAGUCAAAGGAGAUUCCGGCUAUAGAGGUUAGUAUUCACUCUCAAAGCUCUAAGUCUCCGACUAAGACUCUUAACGAAGUAAUCGACAAUAUUGGUCUGAGAACCUCGGAGGUAAUUGAGAACGUAGUCCAAAAUGUCAAUCAUGAAACUGAAGACGAUGUGACGAGUCUUCUCCAAAACACUGAUCAGGUUGGAGCAACCGGUCAGACCACAAUUAACUUGGCCGAAGAAGCGGUCAACUCUGAAAACAUCAUUCCUCCGGCGCGGGAAGGAAGUAAUGAAGAAAAGCAACCAUCCGGUUCGGUGUGGGACAAAUCUGUUUCAACCGGAUCAAACUCCCAAGCGGCCCAAGAUGGGCCAUCCAAUCCAUUUAUCACACCUGAAGGUCCAUCUCAGGUUUCCAAAGGAAAAGAAGUAAUGAUCGAAGACACUCCGGUGCAAGAGCUCACACUCGAUGCUGAAGUACCCAUUUCAGAAGAAGAGGAGGAAGCAAUGUUCCAAGAGUUCAUUCGAGACAUGAAUAAGGAGGCUGAUGAAAUAGCCGCCCCGUAUCACCUAUGGGUCAGACUACGAUGUGAAACAAAGCUCUCCGACAUGAUCCCCGACUUCAAUGGAAACGAAUAUUGGUUGAAACUUUUGCAGUUAGAACAAGAGGCUCUCAAAAUUACAGGUACUGAAGUCAUCCAGGCCGCAUAUGCCAAAACAGAGACGAUGGAAGAAUACUUCAAGCUAAAGGCGGUAGACGACACAUUGAAGAAUUCGGAUGGAAAUGAACUAACUCCGAUGGAAUUAAAAUUGAUCAAGCGGUUCCAGGGAGUAAGAGAUGAUCUCACUAGCAAUGUUCAUCGGCUAAAGUUUCAAAGCAGACCAAUCUUCAAAAUCGGAGAAUCUUCCAAGUCGGCAGGAAACGGGCAAGAGGGACCUCAACAGCAAAAAACUGAAAACGAGGAUAAUCGGGGCAAAUUCCCAUCUCAGACUAAUCAGAAUCUGGGAUUUGAGCAAAUAAAGGGGGUUAUCAUCGAUACAAUCACCUCCUCCCUUAAUGAAUACAACAUAGCAACGGACGCCAAAAAUUCAACCAUACAAGCCGAUCUAGUCGAAACGGUUUGGGAGUCCAUUCACGCUGAAAUUGUUGAAACGGUUCAAACAUCCAUCAAGACAACGAUUGAUAAGUCAGUUGAAAUGGCAACCGCACCGCUUCUCGAGAUGAUGCAAGCGAUGGCAGCUCAGAUUAAGGAACUGACUAAGCUGCAAGCGGCUAGAACUCAAGAACAGAUUCGAUUGGAUGCCGAAACAGCUCGCCGAAUCCAAACCGAAGAGGAAGACAAAGAACGGUUGAGAAAGGAAACGGAAGAUAAUGACCUCAAGCUAGCCAAGAAAAUCGUUGAGGACGAACAAGCCGCUCAGCCGAAACCCACACCAAUACAAGCUCCGCACUCAAUGGUAACAAGGAUAAGGGGCAAACGAAAGAAAAUUACUAACUUGUUAAAACUGGUGGAACAAAGCGGUAUUGAAUGUUCUCAACCAGUCGGUCAGUCUGAGGAACCUCUUGAUGAAGAAAAAGAGGAGGAUGUUGAACAAUUAAACCGAAGGAAGAAGAAAGCGGUAAAGUCAUCAAUCGCUUCACCAAGCCUUGGACCGACAAUUGAUCAAACUCCCGACCACCUAGACCAGCGGGCGGUUUCUUCCGGUUCAACCAACGUAAUCCCGGUACAUCAAGUGUCUUUACCGGAUGGUGCAUUGACGUAG